AUGUCAACCUCCCUGGCCGCCCAUCGUCGAGUGUCCCCCAAGAACUUUCCACAGGGCGGUUUUGACCGCAUAGACGAGUCGGUUAAGGUCGAGGAGGAGACGAUCCCUUUCUAUGAAGAAGGACUGUUCUAUCCUGCGCGCAUCGGCGAGGUCAUCCGCGAUCAGUACCAGGUCAUAGCCAAGCUUGGAUAUGGCGCCUCGUCCACCACAUGGCUAGCCCUGGACCUCUUAACUCAUCGUUACGUUGUGCUUAAAGUGCACGUCACUCAUGUAUCACGCCUUCGAGAGCUGGAGGUGCUCCAGUACCUGAAGUCUAUCCAAUCAGAGCACUCCGGUCGUGAGCAAAUCCGAUUACUUGAGGACCACUUCACAAUCCAGGGUUCUUGCGGCCCUCACAUUGUCUUUGUCCUGCCUCCGCUUGGCGUCAGCGUCAAGCUCCUCCAAGAGCUACAGCCCGGCGGCGUCUAUGACGAGGAAACCGCAGUCUCAGCCAUUCAGCGGACUGUCUUGGCACUAAACUUUCUACACCAUGAGGCCAGUGUGAUUCAUACCGGUAGGUCUUCUACUACCCCUUCUUUGUUGGAAAGAGUGUGUGUGUGUGUGAGAGAGAGAGAGAGAGAGAAGGGGAGCAGGGCAAGCACCUGUGCUGAUCUGAUCAUCCGUGGAGACGUUCACGCUGGGAACUUGCUUCUCGGGAUCACAGACGAGUCUCAGUUAGCUCAGUUCGAAGAAAACGAACGCACGCGCCCAACACCCAGGAAGGUCAUCGAGGACCGUGUGAUUCACGUUUCCCAGAUGCUCCUGGCUGCUGGCGGCCCACCGCACCUCUGUGACUUUGGACACGCUCGCAUCUGCCCUGACAGUGAGCUUCAAACUGGGCUCAUCAUGCCCACACAGUACCGAGCUCCCGAGGUUCUAUUAGACAUGCAAUGGGGUUUCGCCGUCGAUUUAUGGUCGAUUGGGAUUUUGGCGUGGGAUCUUCUCGAACCAAAAGGUCUCUUCCAGAUCUACGAACUUGACAACCUUGAACGUAAUGAGGCUUUCCACCUAGCACACAUGGUGAGGAUACUCGGACCACCACCCCUGGACUUCUUGCGGAGAAGCCCAAAGUCUCAGAAGUACUGGGACGACGCGGGCGAUUGGAAGGGAGUGGUUCCCCUGCCACCGCCGACGACGCUGGAGUCUCUCGUCACGUCGCUGCAGGGCAAGAGAAAGGACGACUUUCUGGACUUCAUCCGGGGGAUGCUGCAGUGGGAACCUGGGAAGCGCAUGUCCACCGGGCAUGCGUGGAGUCAUCCGUGGAUCUCCGGGUCGGAGCAGGUGUACGAGGCCAUUAAGAAGCAAUAG